UUCUCCAUCCAUGCAAUUAAACCUCCCACACACCAGGUGUCGCUAUUGGCCUAUAAACCCAAGUAUGUUCUUACCAGUAAUCUUCUUAGUUACAUUCAAUCCACCUCCCUACCAGCCAUCUGCUUUUGAAGCUUAGUUCAUUUUCUUACUUCAAGGAUGUAUAAAGGUUUUGACAGCCGUUUGGAAAAUGAAAACAAGGACGAUGAAGGAUCCCUGUCUUCUUCUUUCUGGACAGAUAAGGAGAGUGAGGAGGAGGAAAGGGAAUGUGUUAUGAAAGAGAACAAAAAGAUGGUUGAAGGAAACAGUAAGAAUGAGAAGGAAAGAUUUUUUAAUGGGAAAGGCGACAAGGAAAAGAUGAAGGAAACACUUAAGGAAAAUCGGAUGGAAAAAGACAAAUAUGUGCAAGUGCAUGCUAAGACAAAUCCUGAGGUAGAUGUAUAUGAAAGUGAAGAGAGGGAAUGUUUUGUAAGUGAAGAUGAAAUGGAUAAAAACAUAUGGAUAACAAGAACAGAGAAAGAGAGGAAAAGUGAGGAAGAAAAGGAAAAAGACAGUACAGAGAAAAGGGAAAAAGAGGUUGAGGAAAAAGAAAGUGAAGAAGACACCACAGGAACAGAGAGUGAAGAAGUGAAUGAGGAUAAGAAAGAAGAGAUUGAUGUAAGUGAAGAAGAGAGAGAAAUGAAGCUGGGAGAGAGUGAGGAGGAGGAAAACAGUGAAGAAGAAAGUGGGAGCUUUGUCAGUGAAGAAAGCACAGAGAAUGACAAGAAAAAAUCUCAAAAUGAUUAUUUCGAGAGUGAAGACGAUUGGGUGAGUUUGGCAGAAAGUGAAGAGAGUGAGUUUUCAAAAACAUGCUUAAACAGUGAAAAAGAAGUAUUGAGUGAGAAAGGGUGGAGUGUGGAAAAGCGAGAACAAAAGAAAGAGAUUCAGACUAAGGAAGUGUAUGAGGAAAGCACUGUUUUAUCAGUGCAAGAAAACCAGGAAGGAGACAGAUGUGGAAAGGGAAGUAGUAUAAGUUGCGUAUCAGAAGAUAAUGAUGGGAUUGAGAGAUUAUUAGAAGGUAAUGAAGAAAGGAAAGAAUCUUCUGUCAUGGAAAAAAGUACAGAUAACUCGGAAAACAACAAAAAGUAUGAGAGCAAACCUAACAGUGAUGAAGAAAUGAGUGAGGAAGAAGUACAAACAGAAGAAGAGGAUAGAGAGUGUUUUAUAAAAGAGAGUACAGAGGAAACCUUUGACAAAGAUGAAAAUAAGGAGAAUAAUUCUAGAGGAAAUAAAUACACUGAAGAGAAAAAGGAGGAAGGUUAUGUGAACGACAUGGCCACAGAGAUUAAUUCUGGACCAGAAUAUUGCAUUAUCAAGAGCAGUGAGGAAGCUCUUAUGGUGAGCAGGCCUGGUAGACAAGAACAUGAGACGGUGGAAGAGAAAAAGCAGUGGAUGAUGAUGGAUGAUGAUGCCACAGACAGAUGGAAAGCAGAACAAUGCAGCGAGAAAAAAGAUUUUUAUGAUGAAACUGCUGAGGAUAACCUUGAUAGUCUGAGCAUUUUAGAGGAUAAGGAGAAUUAUUAUGAAAAUCGAGUGUCAUGGUCAAGUGAUGAAAGUGUUACAGUAGCCAUUGGUCACUUCCAAAAAGCAGAGGAAGAUAAUUACACCACUGUACCUGAUUGGGACCAAGAGCACGACGACGAAGACCAAGACCAAGAGAAGCAACAGAAUAAAGAAACUAGAGAUCCCAAAGAUAUUUUUGAGGAUUUUCAUGACAGUCUGGGCAGCCCUGCAGCAAGCAUUUUAACAUCUGGUUAUGAAACCUACAGGCCAGAGUCAUCUAAAGAUGGAGACCUGGAGGUGGUAGAUUAUAGAGAUGACCGUACUUUAGCUAGAUUAGAAAAAGAGAAUGACAUAAGUGAUCAGGAGGACAUCCACAGUCCGACGCAAUUUAAAGACAAUGCAUCAGAAACAUCUUCAGGAUCUCUGGAGAGACAUGCUCAGAUUCAGAGAUCUGAUACUGAUCAAAACCAUGAGGAAUUUGAAAGCCCAGCUUGUCAACCCAGCCAAUGUCUCACUGAAAGUGACUGCACCACCAGUCAAGAUAAGGACAUAGGCACCAAGCAUGUGGCAAAUCUCAAUGAUUAUUGGGAGAUGGCGACUUUGCGAGACAAUAUUGACCACCCUUUUAAUAUAAGACCUAGGAGGAGCAAAAGUGAGAGGAGUUCAGAGGAGAAGCAGUAUGAUGAUGGAGAUGCCAAUGGGAGCAGGAGGAAGGAGAAGAGGGUCAAAGUAUAUACUGGAUGCUUUGGUGUGUUACACUGAUUUAAACAUGCUUACUUAUUUAGUAGUUUGAGAAGUUAAUUUGGAAAUCGAGGUGAUGAUGAUUAUUUUUUAUUCAAUGAAGUAAUUGAAGUAUGCUUCUGUACUAGAUUAGUACUACUUUUUUGUGCAUUGUGCUAUCAUUCAUGAAUUUUUGUAGUUUGAUGUUAUGCGGCCUGCACA